AUGGUUUGUGUAGAUUGUACAUUAUCAACCAAGCAAAUAGAUCGAAUUAGAACAAAUCAAAACAAUCAACACUUUGGUGGUAUAGAUGGUUGUAAAUCUUCGUUUAAAGAUAGAUCAAUGUUCAAGUUGAUUUUACUCGGUGAUCUUGAUGCAGGAAAAUCAACACUAGAGAAACGAUUAUCUGGUCAACCAGUCGAUAGAAUUGAUUACACUUCAAUAUUCUCUCAAUUCCAACUUGUAUUAAAUAAUAAUAGUCAACAACAAAAAACGAUUGCUGUUUGGGAUACUGCAGGACAAGAAAAAUUUAAUAGUAUUCCACCAUCAUAUUAUAGAGGAGCAGAUUUUGUAUUAUUGGUUUAUAACAUUGUUGGUUCAUCAAAGAGUUUAAUGUCUAGUUUGUCAAUUUGGUUCGACUCUAUACACAAAUAUCAAUCUCAAGAGACUGACCCACCAAACAUUAUCAUCAUUGGCAAUAAAUUGGAUCUAGUCAAUAGCGAACAAGGCAAAGAGAGAUCCAUAACAUUUGAACAAGCACAAUCAUUUGCCAACGAAAGAGGUUGUCAAUACUUUGAAAUUAGUGCUUUCAAAGGUGACAAUUGUCAAUCUAUAAAUGAUUAUAUGAUAGAUUAUAUUCAACAAAAAAUUAUCAUUGAAGAAGAGAGGGAGGAGGGUCUUGGAAAAUAA